AUGGCCUCUUCGCCUUUAUCCCCGCGUCCUACCGAAGCGACCCCCUUGCUCGUUGACACCCAUGGCGAUAGCGAGACUGUUGAGCAGCCUUCUGAUCGUCGGGAUGAGGAUGAGCCAACAGCAGAGCCAGCUGGUCGCGGCCAGCCACCUUCACGCGUAAAUCGCGUCAUAUAUCUCAUGAGUUGGACCAUGACGGCUCUCAGCUUUUCGCAGGUCGUUUUCCUCGGCACCCUCUUUGCGUUGAACUCGUAUGGCUCGUCUCACUUUGGUGAGAGCGAUUGGACUUUCUAUUACGAUGGCGCCUCCUACGCAUUCCUCGGAGUCCUCAUCGCCUUGUUCAGUGCAUUCAACGCGCUCUGGAUCAAGGCCAAAGGGAAGCCCGCCGCGGCGCUUCUUAGCGUUCUCAUCUAUGGCGCCAACGCGUUCAUCGUGUUCGUCUUUGUUGGGGACCAGACCUCUCGUCGAAUCUACUGGAGUGGCCUCAGUUGUAGUGAAUCCCUUGAUGACCCGAAGAGCCGGUAUCCUGGCUCAUAUGCCGAAUGCCUGGACUGGAAAACGAAAUACAUCGUUGCCGUCUGGUUCUUUCUAGUGCUUGACGCUGUUGUUGUCCAAAAAGACUACAUGAACUACGACGAGGAGUACACCGAGGAGUACAACAAGUUCGAGUUCAAACCUGUGGGCGUUCUAGAGUCGCAGCUGGUUAAAAGCGCCAUUGCAGAUACCUCGGGGCUGCUUGUCCUUGAUCUCGGUGGCGGUGCUGGUGUCCACGCACGAGAAGCUGUCGAUGCGGGUGCAUCUUCAAUCGACCUUGUGGAUAUAACCCCGACGAUACUUCAAGUCGCCAAGAAGGUUGAGAGAUCUUGA